AUGGACCAACAAAGAGCAAUCAUCGAGACCAGUCUAACAUUUUUUAAAGUUUUGGGCAUCCACCCAUGGAAAAAAAUGCGGAAAAUCCCAAUCCUUUGCCUGAUUUCCUCCCAUUUGCUUUUAUUCGUUUUAGUGUAUUUGCGCUUCUUUUUCGAAAAAAUCACUUUUGGGCUAAUUUCUGACACCAUCGAGUCCACUUUCACCAUCAUCCACGUCCUCGCCAAAUUCAUCACACUUGUGAUAAUCAAACCCACGAUCAAAAAACUGUUCCAAACCACCAACUCUUUCUGGCUCGACAAGAAAUUUGAAGCAAAUUUUCGACACGAAGUAGAUAAAAAUUUGCGAACUUUGAUUCUCCUCUUACACUUUUUUUUGGCUUUUGUCAGCAUUGUAAUUGUUACGUUUGCGAUAAGGCCCAUUUUUGACGAAACUUUGGCCAUUAACUGUUACAUCCCUGAAUUUGUCCCAAGACCGAUUUUUAUUGUCUUUAAUAAUGCAGUAUUUGCCGUCUCGGCUUUUGCAGUUGGCUCCUUUGACAUGUUUGUUUGUGUCAUGGUCGUACUAAUCACAAUACAGUUCAAAAUUUUGAACCAUGAUAUAUUAUCUCUGGAUUUGGGCAAAGUUCUCACAGAAAACGACGAAAAAGUCUGCCAGAAGAAAAUCAAAGUCAUCGUGGACUAUCACGAUUUUCUAGACAGAUACUUGGCUAAAGUCUCAUCGAUUGUGAGUCCGGCUCUUCUUGUGUACUUCACAAUUGCCCCAAUUGUGCUUUGUUUUGAGCUAUUUUUCAUGUCAAAAAGUUCAAACUUUGCUGAAAUUGCAAAAUCUUGUGUCUACAUCGCAGGAAUUGUGAUCGAGUUGUUUUUCUUUUUUUGCCUCCCUGCUACAUAUCUGAUGAUCGAGACAGAACAAAUGAUCACUGUUGUUUAUAACUCGGGUUGGGAAAAGUGUUAUUUCAUAUCGAUUCGUAAAAGUCUAAUAAUUAUGAUGCAACGGAUGCAAAAAGAAACUCUUUUGACGGCUGGAAAAAUGAUCAAAAUCAAUUUGGAAACAUGCACCAAUGCGUUCAGAAUGGCUCUGUCUUUCUACACAUCCCUGCAAAUUUUAGACGAUAAGUCAAAAGAGUAG